ACAGUUUCACAUCAUGAGUCUCUUUUACGGGCUCAUCAUUCUCACAAUUUGUCUGCUGCUCCUCUAUCACUACUUGACAUGCACUUACGACUAUUGGACGAAACAGGGAGUCGAAACGGCAGCUGCACCGAUUCCGGGCUUUGGACACACAUUGUCGGUACUAUGCCUGCGCGAGAGUUUGAGCGACGUGUGCGACAGACUGUACAAAAGCUGCACGCCAAGUUCAAGUAUGCUAGGAAUGUUUCAUUUGCGCACCCCGGUUCUGAUAAUACGUGAUCCAGAACUCGUGAAAUCCGUCCUUGUCAAGAAGUUCUCCAGCUUCCAGAACAACCUAAUGCAUUUGGACGAGCAUCGCGACUGGUUCUUAUCCAAACAUCCAUUUUUGGCGACAGGUGUUACGUGGAAGGAGAACAGAACGCGUCUUCUCAAUGGUAUGUCCUCGAGAAAAUUGAAAGUCAUGUUCGAGCCAGUGAAACGAGUAUGUGCCAAAUUUGACGAGCAUCUCGAUCUAAUUUUGUCGAACGAUCAAACGGAAGUAGAAAUUAAAAAUCUUUGCUUAAAAGUAACUGGUCAGAUAGUAUGCAAUGCUGGAUUAGGUAUCGACGACGAACAACGUUUCACGAAGAUUGCAGGAAGGCUAUUUGAAUCUUCGUGGGGUAAUGCUACAAGGUUGAUGCUGAAUUUCUUCUUGCCGACAUUAGCUGCAGCUUCUGGAGUCAGCUUUGCAUCGAAAGAAGUAAGAAAAUACUUUGAAGACUUAACAAAGAAUGUAUUUGAAAGUCGCCUAGUAAAGAGAAAAAAGAGCGAAGAACUAUUUUUGGAUUUGGUAACGUCCGGAGAAGUUGACGAAGAGACAUUAGCAGGUUUAAUGAGUUCCUUCUUUCUUCAAGCUUUCGAGUCAGCAGCAAGUAUCACAAGCUUCACCUUAUACAGACUCUCACAACACUUAGAAAUUCAAGAAAAACUACGAAAAGAAAUACAUAGUGUUUUGGAAAAAUACGAAGGAAAUUUAUCAUACGACGCAUUAAAAGAAAUGACAUAUUUGCAACAAACAAUCAAUGAAUCUAUAAGGUUGCAUAUGACCUUAGAAAUCAGUGCAAAAAUUUGUAACGAAACGACGACUCUUCGAGGUUCUGACGGUAAAACUUGUACUUUGGAACCGGGUCACAUAGUUAUCAUACCAGCACAAAGUCUACAUACUGAUGAAAAAUUCUGGAACGAUCCAUUUAUAUUUGAUCCUGGUCGAUUUGAUUGUGAUAGAAAGAACGAGAUAGCUAAAUAUGCGUAUCUUCCGUUCGGCGAAGGUCCCAGAAUGUGCCCAGGAAUGAGGUUUGGAUUAUUAGAGGUCAAGGCGCUUUUAAUUACCAUUUUGAGGAAGUGUACAUUGAAGGUAUCGUCUAAAACGACUAAUCCUUUAAAAAUGGAUCCGCGUAGUUUUUUAUUGUCAGUGAAAGGCGGACUUUGGACAAAACUCGAACGAGUUUAAAGUUAAGAUAACGCUCGAAUGACGCAAUAUGUUUUGUUCUAAUAUAACUGGAUUUAUAUGUAAGGACAUUUCGAAUGUGCAUCUAUUUAAAAUGUACGAAAGUGAUGAGUGAUUUAUCGAAUAUAAGUUAUUAACACUAAUUAUUAAUCAUAAAUAUUUCAUUGUUUUAUAUUUUCACCAUAUACUGAUACAUUUGCUCACUUUGGAUUGUUGGUAGAUAUAAUAUAUAUGUAAAGCUGACAUAGAAAUAUUUGUUUCAAAAUAGAAGGACGAAACCUUAAUAAUAACAUUUAUUUUUUUCAGCCGACUUUAAUAA